UCUCUUUCUAUCAAAUCAUGUGUUUAACACAUCGCGUUUAAAUCCCAGUACCAGGAAAAAAUUUCAAAAAAACGGUAAAAAUUCAAAAUUGUGGAUAAAAUUUUUUAAUUAAUUUUAAACAAACAUAAUGGCCGAUGCACAACCUCGAAAACGUAAAGAUAAAAGACGAAAAAAAGGACGUUUUAAAGACGAUUCUAUUACGGGUGAAACUGAUCCAAGAUCUCCACCAACGGUUAUUCCACAAAAAAGUACCAGUGUUGAUGACACAAAUAUCCAUGUAUAUCACGAUGCUCAUACGGGAGGUGGAUGGUGUGCAAAAAUCGUCUUCUUCAUUCUGUUGGCGAUUAUUGGAGUUUUAAUUGGAUUUAUACUUUUGGAAUAUCGAGGUUCUACUGACUUGGACGCACCUGUACAAGAUUCAAAAUAUGCAGAAAUCUUUGAAGGAUGGAUUGAUGACACGCCUCAACUUCAUGAUGACGAAGAUGAACAUCCUAUAGAUGAUCAUGACGAUGAGCACGAUGACGAUCACGAUGAUGACGGUCAUGAAGAUGAGGGAGGUAGCGACGAACAUGAUGACGAUGAAGAAAAUGGCUCAGAAGAAGGUGAACAAGAAGAGGCUGACGAAGAAGAACAAACGGAAGCUUCAAAUGAAGUUGAGGAUGAGGAAGGAGCUGAUGAUGAUGAGGGAGAUCAUGAACCAGAGGAUGAACCUCAAGCUGACGAACCUGACGAUGAAGAACAGGAAGAUAGUACAGAGUUAGCAAAUGAUGAAGAAGGUGAAGAGAACCCAGAUGAUGAUGAGAAUAAUUCUGAAGCCAAUGAUGAUAACGAUGAUGGUGACGAUGAUAGGGAUGAUUUAUCCGCUGAAGAUAUUCAAAAAGUUUUGGAUAGUUUAGAAGAGGAUGAUGCUUUAGAGGAGGUUGAUGAAGCGGCUGAUAAUUCAAAUGAGAACGAAGUAAUUGACAACAAUCCAGAAGAAGCUGAACUUCUUCGACAACAAGAAGAGGCGGAAGCUGAAAAUGAAGAAGAAUCCAGUAGCGUGGCAGUUAAAUUUGGCGUUGGGGUGGCAUUACUUGUUGUCGCCCAUUUAGUUCUCGUUAGGAAAUGGAAUAAUGCUACAAAUGCUCAAGUUAGUUCCGAUUCUUCGGUAACAAUGACUCCACCACAAACCACCGAUACAAGCGAAGGAGAUUUAAGUCGUCGUAACACUAUUGUUAGCGAAGAUACCGUCAAAUCGUUACAUGAAGCUAUGGAACGUGCUCGAAUUGAAUCUCAAGAAAUGACUGACGAGGAAGAUCUCGAAGAUGAAGAAGAAGAAGAGGAGGAGGAGGAGGACGAAGAAGAAAUUGAAGUUAAAAGUUAUCCAAAAUAUGGUAGUAGUUAUCAAAGUGAGCCAGAAAAAUUAGAAGUUCCAGGUGCAAAAGCACCAGGCGCAUUCGAUUUAAGUUUUAAUCGACCAUCGCCAAUUCGAACUUCUACGCCACCUGGUUUUUUCGGUGACGACGAGGAAGCUGAAGAGGAGAAAGAAGAAGAGGAAGAGGAGGAAGAAGAAGUCGAAGAAGAUGACGACGAAGAGUUAUUGAAAAAACUUGAAGCAAAAUAUGGAAAACUACCAAGUAAACAAAUUGAAGUGUCCGAUAAUCCUGAAGAAGAAGAGGAAGCCGAAGAAGAUGAAGAAGAGGAGGAGGAGGAAGAGGACGAAGAUGAAGCAUUCCCAUCUUGGAGAAGAGUAAAAUCUGUACCAGAGAAGAAACCUGAGCCUGCAGAAGCCACACCGAAAGCAUCAAAAACAGGUGGAGCAAAAGCAUUUGAAGAUGAAUUACUCGACGAAGACCAAUUCUUUAAAGAACAUGCGUCAUAUGACAAUGUUCCAAAUUUCUAGACAAAAUGACCCAUAUAUAAAAAAAAAGUAAAUCCUUGCCAUAGUUUUUAGUGAUAAAUUUUUAAUUAAUAGUUGAAGCCAAUUUAUUGUCAAAGCUUUUCGAUAACACAGUGUGAUAAAUUAACGUUUUUAAUUUUUUUUUUGUUGAGUUUUUUAUAAUACUUUUUUUUUUGAAUUGUUAUUUGAAAAAUUAUUUUCAUAUAUUUUGCACCCAUAAAUACGAACAUCUUUUAUAUUGAAUAUUCGAAAAUAAUUUUUCAAUAAAAAUAUUGUUCCAAGCUGAAUUAUUGAUAAACGAGUCAAUGGAACUUCUGCUUCAAGAAACAGAACCGAUUUUGAGUGGAAAUUCUGUAAAAAAAAUGUUUUUUGCAACGUUAUCACUUGCAAACAGAGAUAUUACAAUUGCUAAAAAAAAAUUGUACUAACAUUUGCAAAUAAUUUUUAGCUUAAUCCGCUGUAGUAUUCGGUCUACUCGAGACUGUAGCCUUUUAUUUACUAGAGCCUUAAACGAAAGAUUGAAUCAGUAAUGAUUCUCGAAUUAAUUAAUUCGGUAUCGAAACUGCUACGAAUAUCUUAAUCUAAACAAGAAAAAAAUAUAUUCCUUUCUCAACGACAUAUCAUAAAAAACUUAUUCGGGAUCGAAACUAUCAUCGAAUAUUGUAGAGGAAAGAGGCCUAUAAUGAUCCCCCCUAAGAAAACAUGCAAUUUAUAGCUAAACUAUUCGACAUAUUUCCAACCUCGAAAUAUUUUUGGAUUCUUUAUUCAAUUGUUACAAUAUUGGCAUGUCAAUUUCUUUUGAUCUGUUCAAAUUUUUAUAACUUCAAUAUUUGUCAAAGGGGAUCGUUUUGACCGACCUUGUAAGAAUAAUGGGUAAAAUGAUUGCAUUUUUUACAGUUCACAUGAAAUAUUAACUGUUCUUUUACUGCAUCAACGAUUAGUAUGAAAACAAAAGACACUGGUAAAAUCUUUUAAAUCAACACAUUCAAGACCCGUUGCAUGAUGGGGGAUCAUUUUAAUUAUUACAA